AGAAAAAAUUGGUUCAUUUAUUCGAACUUUCUUUUAUUUACUUCGCUAUCAUACAAAAUAUAAUCCAUAUAUUCUAAUGGAGAUGUGUGGCCAACAACUCAACAUACACCCAAUUCAAAUGAUUUCGCACUAAAAAAGAUUAAAGAAUUUCAGCAAAGAACUUUGGUAGACUUCGUUCAUCCCACCAUGUGCAUGAUUCGAUAGACUUCAACUAAACGAAGACUUCCAAAAGCGAAUCCAUUGAUUAAUUCAAAAGCUACGUUGCUUUUCGGAGACAAUUCGAAUCCUCAAUUGUUGCUUUCAGGAAAGUAAUUGUGAACCGCAAAUGAUCCUGUUUCGCUUAAUUUAAUCCAGGGGUUUUACAUUCAAAUCGUUACAGUUUACUUUCGAGAAGGUUGUUUCCAGAAAGAUUAUCAAUCGGAAUCUUGCAGAUAACUUGAUUUAUUUCCGUUCGUAUUGGAUGGGGGGCAGAAGUUCAAGAGAGGAGCGUCCGACUGACAGACAGUCACCAUCGUUCCAAUCAACAUCAUCUUUUACUGGAAGUCAAUACGGAAACUAUCCUCAACAAUCUUAUUCAAAUCCGCCACAAGACGUUCAUAAUUAUCCUGUUCGUGAGGCUUAUCCUGCUUAUUCACAACCUUAUCAUGCACCCGCACCCGCACCUGCACCUGCACCAUCACCAUCACCAUCACCAUCUGGUCAACCCCAUAGACCACAGAGGAGGCUUGACCGGAGGUAUUCAAGGAUUGCAGAUAAUUACACUUCAUUGGAACAGGUUACUGAAGCUCUUGCUCGUGCAGGGCUCGAAUCUUCUAACCUAAUUGUUGGUAUUGACUUCACUAAGAGCAACGAAUGGACUGGUUCAAGGUCUUUCAAUAGAAAAAGUCUACAUCAUAUUGGAGAUGAUUUAAAUCCGUAUGAACAAGCAAUAACCAUUAUCGGGAAAACAUUAGCUGCCUUUGAUGAAGACAACUUGAUUCCCUGUUAUGGUUUUGGAGAUGCAUCAACACACGAUCAAGAUGUUUUCAGUUUUUAUCCAGAAGAAAGGUUUUGUAAUGGAUUUGAGGAAGUGUUGAGUAGAUACAGAGAAAUUGUCCCUCAUUUAAAGCUUGCAGGACCAACAUCAUUUGCCCCUGUCAUUGAACAGGCUAUGACUAUCGUUGAACAUAGUGGGGGCCAGUAUCACGUGUUGUUAAUUAUUGCAGAUGGGCAGGUAACAAGAAGUGUUGAUACUGAGCCUGGUAAUUUGAGUCCACAAGAACAGAGAACUGUCGACGCCAUAGUUGAAGCAAGUAAGGUUCCACUAUCUAUCGUAUUGGUUGGAGUUGGAGAUGGGCCAUGGGAUAUGAUGAAAGAAUUUGACGACAAUAUCCCCUCUCGUGAAUUUGAUAAUUUCCAGUUUGUGAAUUUCACAGAAAUCAUGUCCAAGAAUGUGGCUACAAUCCGUAAAGAGACAGAAUUUGCUCUUAAAGCUUUGAUGGAAAUUCCUGCUCAAUAUAUAGCAACACUCGAACUGAAUAUAUUAGGGAGCCGCAAAGGAGUUUCGCCACAUAGGAUUGCCCUUCCUCCUCCGGUUCAUGGUGCAUCAUCUUUUAGCCGCUCAAAACCAUCGCACUCAAGUAGCUUUCAAAAGGGCUCACAAUCGUAUUAUGACCAAACUACCCCUGCCCCUUAUUAUCAUCAAACUAGUCUUCCAAACAGGGCUCCACCUGCUCCUGCUCCUACUCCUAGUUCUACUUAUGACAAUCAGGUAUGCCCCAUUUGCCUUACUAACCCCAAGGAUAUGGCAUUUGGCUGUGGUCAUCAGACAUGUUGUGAGUGUGGAGAAACUCUACAGCAGUGCCCAAUUUGCCGAAGCUCAAUUGAAACAAGGAUAAAAUUAUACUAAUAAGUAAUAAUAAGCUUAUAAAUUGGGUUGGUUUGUGUAAUGUGUAAUGUGUUGAUGGUAUGGUUAUUACUUACUAUUAGUGUUAGCCUAGAUUCUUUUGGUGGCCGGAUAUGUUUUUGCACAUUCUGUUUGGUGAUUUUUAAUUAAGUUUAUAUGUUGCUGAGUUGCGUUGCGUUUGUGGAUUUGUAAAUGAAAAUGGAUACUCAUCACUCAUGUCAUAUCAUGUAC